CUAGGUCAACAACUAAUAAACGUUAGAGUAUUUUAUUAAUUUCACCAGAUCGGUGGUCGAAUCAAGUCUCCACAAUACCAGACAACGUGAAUAAAUGUUCAAAUUUAACGAAAAACCAAAAUACAGAGCUGACGAAGACACUUUCAUCCUAGUACGAAAAUUAUUUUACGAAUAUGGGCAAACAAGAACUUACAAAAUUUUGAACAAAUAUAACAUCUAUCUCCAUCUUUGUGUCAACUUACUUCAGUUUUAUUACAUAUAUCGACAUCCAAAUACAGAUAUGCUUAGAUAUAGCUCCACGUGGAUAAACAUCAAUUUUGUGCUAACGUCCAUGAUCUUGUCCAUGCUUUUGGACAAACAGAUUAACAAAGUCAAGGAAGCAAUGGAAUCUAAGCUUUGGUCAAUCCAUAGCGUCAACGCCCACGUUUCAAAAAAAAUUAAAAACCAAUCAAAAAAAUUUAACUACGUGUUCACUUACACACUCCUUGUUGUUGCAGGAGUUCUAGUAAUUGUCCACCUGGCAAUAUGGGGGAGUCUCGACGAUAUGUAUUUAAGCGUUUUGACUUUCAGAGCUUUUUUUGGCUCUUGGUCUAGCGUUAUUGAACAUUUUUACUUCUGUAGUUUUUUGUUUGCAGCCUACUCAAGCAUCAGGCUGCCCUUUUUAUUGCUGUACUCGCUAUUGCAUCUAAAAAUUCAGUUUUUUCUCCUCAAUGGACACAUUCUGUGUAUUUCGCGUAACGCCAAGGUAGAAAAUGUGCACAACUUGGUUGUCCAAAAAGACAUAGAAAGGAAAAUUAUUUUUUGCAUCAAGCAACAUAUAGCUUUAAGGGGAAUUGUCAUCCAACUGUUCGAUAUCAUCAAAAUAACGAUGCCAAUUUUUCUUGUUUUGGCUGGUUUGGGUUCCGUUGGUUUGAUGGUUUUUAUUCUCGUGCAUUUGAAAUCCAUCCACGUUAUCUCCUUGGUUCGUUUAUUUUUUAUAGUUUGCGCAAAUAUGAUGAUUACAUGGACAGUUUGUGAAGCUGGUCAAAGAAUCAUUGAUGAAACUGGUGCUACUUUCGACUCACUAGUAAAAUGCCCUUGGUACAGCUGGAAUACCAAAAAUCGUCGCCUUUUGGUCAUGUUUAUGGUAAAUUCCAGAAAACCUCUUAGCUUUUAUCUGGCUGGAAUUACCGUGGAUUACAUACUAACCGUUAAGCUAUAUCGGAUUUCUUUCAGUAAUGCCUUGGUUUUCUAUAACCUCAGCCAAAAUUCUUUAUUUUAAUUCGCUGUGUUGCUGCUGCACAAAUAUACGUAUAUUUAUUGUCAUCCUUUUUUAAAUUGAUUGCAUAUUUUCCUUUAAACCAUAAUUUCGGUCAAGACAAACGUGCGUACAAUUUUUAGCAAUAUAUUUUUUUACGAAUAGGUACUCCAUCUAGAGCAAGGUGUGUGGGCGGAGCUAAUACUUGCUAAGAUAAGAUUGCACAGUAUUAAGAGUAGUCACUAGAAUGAAGAGGAGGCGCAUGGGCGCGGCUAUUGCUUGCUUAUCAAAGACUUCGCAGGCAAAAGUUAAACUUGGCCCCGC